CUUUCAACCGUUCAAAUAAAUUGAUUUCUCUUCCUCUUCUUCCUUUGCUUCAGCCGAACUCCGCUUCCCUCACCGUCUUCUCUCUUCACGUCUCACCCGCCGCGCCUCCUAGCCGCCCGUUCCUCCUCACGUUGCCGCUUAUCUGACGCCCAGACGAGCGGAGCCGACGUCUCCUUCGCUGCAGCUGGAGUUCGUCGCGCCGCCGUGUGGUUGUUUCACACCCGUAGUCCGAAGCCUUCGCCGCUGCGACUGCGUUGCCCAUCUGCCGCCGCCGGUCCCGUCAACCACUGAAGUUAGGUACAGAGUUUGGGAAUGGGUUUGGUAGUAAUCUUAGCAUUCAUCUUUAUCGAGUUAGGGCUGAUUUCACGAUAGGCAAAGCCUGAGCGGAAAAGCAAGAUGCAAACCCUGGAAUUUUGUAGCGAAGAAGAAUCGCAAAAAGCAGUGCCGUGGUUUUAGGGUUUUGGGUUUAGAGUGCUUUGGCCUUCUUCCACAUUUCAGCUUAUGGUUCGAACCACUUCCCCAUUUACUUGCAUUUUCAAUUUCAGUUCUGGCCGUUUAUGUCGCUUUACCAUCUUGCUAUCCAUAGGAAUUUUCUGCAUUACUCGUAUGCUAAUAGAAUUGCAUCUGCCCCAGUUGGUAACUCUCAAAUCUGGCCGCUUUAUGCCAUCAAAUGCCUUAGCCAUCAGUCAUCCGGUACAAAAAUCUUUCCUAAUGAAGUGAAAGUGGGGGAUGAAGACUUGAAUCAGAUUAUUGCUCCAACGGAAAAUGCCUCAAAAUGUAUCCAUGAGAUCAUUGAUGCUUGCAUUGAUAAGAUUUGUCGACUGGGACAUCUUGCAGCUGCAGCUCAUUUACUUAAAUCAUUGUGCAAUGAGAAAGUAUUUAAAUCCUCGGAGGCAUAUGAUAUGGUUUUGCUUGCAGCAAGUGAAAGGGGAGACACUCCUCUUUUAUGUGAAGUUUUUAAAGUUGCCCUACUUUCAUGUAAAUCACUGAGUUCGGCUUCUUACAUGAGUUUUGCCAGGGCCUUUACCAAGACAAAUGAUAGCAAGCUGUUGGAAUGUGUCAAAGAAAUAAUUGAGAUUACCUCUCAGAAGUGCAUAGUUAUAAACAGAAUUAUCUUUGCCUUCUCCGAGCGUAGGGAGAUUGAUAAAGCCUUUCAAAUAUUUAAUCAGAUGAAGUGUCUGUCAUGUACACCAGAUUUGUAUACAUACAACAUCAUUUUGGACAUGGUAGGUCGUGCAGGUCGCGUGGAUGAAAUUCUUCAUAUAUUUGUUUCCAUGAAAGAAGAAGGCAUAGCCCCAGAUAUUGUGUCUUAUAAUACAUUGAUAAAUAGCUUAAGAAAGGUGGGUCGACUAGAUAUAUCCGUGAUUUACUUCAGGGAAAUGGUUGCAAUGGGAAUUGAACCUGAUUUGCUUACUUAUACAGCUUUGAUAGAGAGUUAUGGUCGAUUUGGAAACCUCGAAGAAGCUUUGACACUCCUCAAAGAGAUGAAGCUUAAUAACAUCCGUCCUUCAAGCUAUAUUUACAGGUCCCUUAUCAGAAAUUCAAUGACGAUGAAGAAGGUGGAAUUGGCUACGGACCUUCUCAAUGAAAUGAAAUUAAGUAAAUCAGAACUUGCUCGUCCAGAGGAUUUCAAACGAAGAAAAAUGUAACCAAUUGCAUAGUUUCACAGCAGACUUUGAGAUUGAUAAGCAUGUGAAUGUCAUGGCUUUAAUCUUCAAAGUGAGAUCUGCCAGAGUGACUGCAUGCAUAGGUAAUAUUUCUACCUAUUUAUCUACUUCUCUUAUGUCUGACAUGAAAUACACAAAUUGUUGUCAUAAGUUGCAAUAGAAGUCUUGUGACGAAUUUUGGAGAUUCAUUUUAGGACCAAUAUACAAAAACGUAAGAUGAAUAUUUGGUUUGUUUAAUUGUCUGUUAUGUAAGGUGCUGUGUGUAACUAACGUUUGUUGGGAGAUAUAACUCAAAUCGUGGAGCAUUUUUAGAAUA